AUGCAUCUAUCAGUCCUUACCAUUUUAGCUUCUUCAAGCCUUAUCUCUGCAAGACAUCUACCUCUACACUCACUUCAAUCUGUUCGCAAUGCAGGAUUAUUUGGUUGGUCUGUCCAGGCUUCUACUUGUCCGACAGGCAGCACAUCUUGUGGAGAUACGGCGGCUGGUGCAUGUUGUCCUUCGGGAAUGUUUUGUGCUACACCUGCGAAUUCGGAGGUUGCAGCUUGUUGUCCUUUUGCGGGAGAAUGCAGGAGUGUAAUUGAAGCAGCACCCAAAUGUGCAGAUGCCUCCUGGAAUCUAUGGGAUGGAUUGGAUGGAAAUGCUUUUUGUUGUGAAGCGGGACUUUUGGGAGCUUAUGAUCAUAUUUCUCACCGCGCGGGAACGUGUGUGGAGACUGUUGUGAAGCCUACUACUUCGGCGGUUUUGAGAUCAACUGGAACAGGUUGUGCGGCAACAUCUUCCGUCGUUGCUACUACGAGCGCUAUCUCGACUACUAUUACUUCGAUUCAGAAAACAUCUACAGUUGUUUCAGUGAAGAGCACCAUUACUUCAGACGCUAAUACUUCUGCUUCUACUUCUACUUCUGCUUCUAGUUCCGCCAGGAUUGUUGGUGAAAAUGAUUUAGCUGUGGCUGCGCCUGCUACAAAAGCCUCAUAUUCCAAGGCAACAUCAUCAACCAGUUCUAAGGUUGCAUCAAGUGUAGUUGCAACCUCAAAAUCUGCAUCUACAUCUGCGAUCGCAACUGCAGCCGCAGCGCCUACCGGAAAACCUGUCUUCUUUCACUACAUGAUAGGAGGAAUCAAUGAUACUCAUUGUGAGCAAGAUAUUAUUGAUGCUGUUGCAUUGGGAGUCGAUGCGUUUGCUCUCAAUUUAGCCGUAACAUUAGAUUCUAGCCAUUCAUGGGCAUUGAACGCUGUCAACUCCCUCUUUAAGCAUGCUCAAACUCAUAACUUUAAACUCUUUUUCUCCUUCGAUAUGACCGGAUUCAACUCUCCUUCCCAAUUCAUCCCUAUCCUCAAAACAUACGUCACAAACAGCGCAUACUAUACCUAUUCUGGACAACCCUUCGUCUCGACCUUCAACGGGGGCGCUUCAUCUUUUACAUUCGGUCAAGGCAGCGUAAACGACGGCUGGAAAAACGAAGUCCAAGCAGUCAUGGCCGCAGCCGGUCAUCCCAUCUACCUGAUCCCCUCCUUCCAAGACGUAGCCGCCACAUCAUCCUUCUUCACCAAAUACCCAACAUUAAACGGAACAUUCAAUUGGAAUUCCUGGCCCACCUAUUCCGCCGGCGACUCCCCCGUCGACACCAUCGACGACAGCAUCUAUCAAAAAGCCGCCCAAGCCGCCGGAAAAGGAUUCAUGAUGGGUAUUUCCCCCCUACAAUUCAAACACAUCGACAGCACGCAAAACUGGUAUCGCCGCGGCGAAGCCAAUCUCGAAGUGCGCUUCGCUCAAGUGCUCUCCGCACAGCCCGAUUUCAUCGAAUUCCAAACGUGGAACGAUGCGGGCGAAUCGCACUACAUGGGGAAUACGUGGCGGGAACCGCUGGUUUCGGAUACGACGCCCGAGGCCCUCUCGAGUAUCGCGUACGAUCACACGGGGUAUUGGCAGAUUCUCCAGAGUUUUAUUAAGGUGUGGAAGGCGGGGAAGACGAGCACGCAGACCAUGUAUCCGACGAAUGGGAAGGAUGCCCAGGGCACGUUUUGGCAUCAUACGUUGUUGAAGAAUGGAGAUUGUGCGGCGGAUUCGUUGGGGUUGGGGAAACCGGUGGGGAUUGGCGGUGUGGAGGAUAGUGUUACGGCAGUGGUGUUGGUGGCCAGUGGGGUGCAGGGGUUGAAGGGGAGUAUUAGUGUGGGGGGGAAGGUGUUGGGGACGAAGAGUUUCGAGCCGGGUUUUAAUACCAUGGUUGUGUCGAAUAUUACGACCGGCGCGGUGAGCAUGAGUGUGACGAAUGCGGCGGGGACGGUGGUGGUGAGUGGGAAGGGUCCGUUGGAGGUGGUGAAUAAGGCGAAUUUGUGUAACUAUAACUUCCAGGUUGUAGGAUUGAGUUAG